CUCUACCAUGAACUUGGUCACCCCACACGAUAUUAUUGAUUUUUCCACAAUGAACGGGACGCACACAUAGCUCCGCCCCGCUCUGGCACUACCGCAGACCCGCGGAAACACGACCUUAUUUAUAAGAAAACCCACCGAAAAUUGUACGCAGCAAAACAUUUCGAGCCAAGCUCGUCUAUUACGCGAUAGAAUUUAAACUAUUUCUGUAGAAAUGCAUUCCAUAGUUGUGUGAAGUUUUAUCAAUAAUUCGUUGCUCUACAAUUUACUCUACAUGACUGGAAAAUGAGUUAAUCCGCAACUAUGGAGAGUCCCCAGCCGGCGUGGUGCCCCUCACUAGGGUCAACCCUGAGCGUGGUCCGCGGGGGCGAGGCAUGGGGGGCGCGCUGGACGCUCGGGGCCCUGCUGUUGGCACCCCUAGCUGCUGUGAACUAUGGGUAUGGAGCGGUUCUGGCUACCGUCGUGCUGGGCGUCUUUACUGCUGUUGCGAUAUUAAAUGGGCGCGACCUAAGAAAGCUAUCCGAAAUCCUGCCCCCACGGAAAACAUCCAGAGGCCGCCGGGAGCGAAACCUUAGAUCUUUCGCCGACUUCAUGGCAUUAUGGAUGUCAUUCCUCUCUCACCUGGUGGCUGUCGCCAUCUGUGCGAGGAUGCUCAGUGCCACGGCCGACCACGUGACUGACGGACGCACCAGGCGCUGGAUCUUCGGCUAUGAGACUAACGCCCUGGGCGAGCCCUGGCCAGAUGUCUUAGGAGUCACUGUGGUGCUCGUCGUUUGUGCCAUGUUUAUGUGUGGCCUUGAGGAAAGCAUGCUGUUCACUUUCCUGUUAUUAAUAAUACUGUACGUGUUUAGCCAGUUCUUCGCAAUAUUUGGCCUAAUAAACCUAGAUAUUGCUAAAAUAAAGAUGCCUUCACCGUUUAGUGCCUUUGAGUUGAUAGCAGCCGGAGCUCCUAUCUCCUAUGCCUUUAGUGUAGUUUUACCGCCAAAGAAAGAAGCAGUGAGUCUAAAGAAACAUGUCGCUUUAACAAUCGGACUACCGCUUUUCUUCUUAUCAGGAUUAUGCUUCCUUAGCACCAACGUUUUAAUAGGUAAUAGUGUGAAUGCAGCUUUGCCAGUGACAUCGCUGAUAGAAGCAAGAACAGCAGAGAAGUGGGUGUGCCCACUGCUAGCGGCGGUUACCGUGGCGGGACUCAGCUUGGCUCUGACAGAGCUAUGCCCUUUACUCUUCAAUGUGCUAGUGGGGCUCGCGUCGCCGGAAUGGAAAGUUCUCACCAGAUCCAUGACAUAUGAGAGCGAGACCACUGGAAGCCCUGUGCUAGCUGUUUUCACUGCUGGAAGUUUAGCAGCAAUACUUGCUUUUGCCUGUCCGCUAUCUCACAUGAUAACGCUGAUGAAUGCAAGUCAUUUGUUGGGCAUCAUAAUUCAAUCAUUAAAUCUAGUUAUAAUGCGGUGCGUCCCCACCAUCGAACAAAAGGAAGCUGGAGAUGUAGAAUACAAACGCUUAGGGAAACCAGGACCCAGCUCUCGACCGAAAUCGCAUGGAAAAUCUAAGCGAGCACCCCUUUGGUUCAUACCCAAUGCGAUAAGACAAACAAAGACGCUGGAAAGCAUAAAAUCAAAAGUCACAUCGAAGGAGACGGAAGAGCGAGAGUGUCUCCUUCUAGACGAAUACACUGGCACCACAGAAGACAUGGAGCCAACGAGUGCCAGUAUAGUGUCCAGAGACUUGGACGACCAAGACGAGAUGUGCCACGAAGUGCCUUCAGACGCGGAAGUCAGUGAGCCGGAUGCGUCUUCUGGAGACGACUCCACUGACAUUGAUGCUGUCGUUAAAGAGUACCGAGAUACGAUACAGGUGGUAACCGCGACACCAGAAUCCAGUGCCCCUAAACCUCCUUCAGUCAGAGGAUCAAGGAUCGCCACUGCCGGCGCCAUAUUGCAGCUGAUUGCUGGCGCUUUAAUUGCAGUUGCAUUUUGCGUUGAGAAGAUCAGAAUUCCCAUGUUUGGAGCCGGCAUACCACUGUGGAUCAUAGGAACAUCGAUAAGUGCCUGGCAGCCUGCUCAUAUACUAGGGAUGAGAAAGGGACAGGGGAUCCAAGGCCCUAUAGUGAUGGUGACGGCGUUGCUCUUCCUAACCCCUCUACUUCUCGAUUCGUGGCCGGCGAUCGCCUUAUUUGCAUUGGCUGGAGUGGUGAUCUACGCGCGCUGCGAGCGCUGGUGCGGCGACCUGGCGGUGUCGCAGGCGCGGCGCACCAUCGAGCAACGCAAGCUGGCCGGCAGCGCGCGGGGCGACCGCGUGGCGCAUAUUGAUACUGUUUAUAUUGCCAGGUGACAAGACGUAGACUCGGAUUCGAGUCUUGAUAAUCUUAUCGACGACGAGGAAGCGGAUGUAGACGAUGAAUAAAACAAGAGUCAUCUUCAUCAUCAUCACUUCAUUACAUAUACCGACCUGCCUCGGG